CUGAGCUUCUUUUGCACCAACUCUAGCUCAAUUUUAUUAGAUGUAACCCAAAAAAAAAAAGAAUUUAUUAAGAUAUGAUAACCAAGCAUUCCAAACUUGAUGGAGUAGAGAAAGUACUAACAAUACAGUAAUGAAGAGUGUACGUAGUACAUGGAAUCCAUCGUAUAUAUUCCAGGAAUAUAAAGGAAAUGAAGCAAACUGUUGAUCCCUGUGACCACUAAGUUAAGUGUUCACACAUUGAAUGGUUUAGAAGAAGAGAGCAGAAGGUUGGAUUCCUUUGAGAAAAAAUUAGAUAAAGAAAAUUUUUUUUAGUAAGUAUAUUUCAUUACACUUUACUUUGGAACCAAGAACUCACGGGAAUUCCCUCAUUAUUUCUUCCUUUCAGUUCAUGCCUUCUAACUUUUACUUUACUUCAUGACAUAAAACACCAGCCCUUGCCAACCUUACCACCUCUCCUUUCUUUCUGGAAAAUUUUUUUAAUUAUCAAUUUUCUUUUGUUCUUUGCUGUAUGGAUAUUCAUACACACCCUUUUUUGUUCCCCAUUUUUUCACCAUGAAAUCUUCCCACUACCCUUAUCUGAAUCCUUCUCUGUUCUUCUGUUUCUGGUGUUUCAAAAGCUUUUUUCUAUAGUAAUUUGCGUUUUUGUUGGUUUUUGUUGAUCACUUAAACAUGCAAAACUCUUUGAAUGGAGAACUCUGUUUUGGGCUACCUUUAUCUUUCAUCCUUACAUCCUCAUGGUUAGUUGUUAUCUACAUGAAGAAUAAGCAGAUCCAACUUGUGAUCUCUGUGGAGGACUCAUGUUUCUGAAUCAGUUCAUGCAUUUCUUGAAGUCAAUUCAUACUUUCAGAAGGAAAGAAAUGUUUCUUGUUAAUACUGAAGAAGAUUAUAAUGAGUUGUUGGUAGAAAGGCUGCUUUUUUGAAAAAAAAAAAAGUGAAGAAAGAAGAGAGUUGGUGAAAGGUGUCUUCUUCUUAUAUAAGAUGGCCUUUUCCUGUUUUAAUCAUAGUAAUCCAUUUAGGAAGCUGCUGCUGAGGAAGUCUGGGAAUAGACAGCCAUUAUCAAUUCCUUCAUCCUCUUCCAGGACACAGUUAAAUAUGCUUGAUAUCGACAACAUGGAGAGGAAGAGAUUUGACAGUUUAGAGUCAUGGUCAAUGAUAUUAGAGUCUGAUAAUGUGGAGAGUUGGGAAGCAUCCAAGGAAGAUCAGGAGGAAUGGACGGCUGAUCUGUCUCAGUUGUUUAUAGGCAACAAGUUUGCAUCAGGGGCACACAGUAGGAUUUAUAGAGGGAUUUAUAAGCAAAGAGCCGUAGCAGUGAAGAUGGUCAGAAUUCCAACACAUAAGGAGGAGGUUAGAGCUAAACUUGAACAGCAAUUCAGGUCUGAAGUUGCGUUGCUUUCGCGCCUAUAUCACCCCAACAUUGUGCAGUUCAUUGCAGCUUGUAAGAAGCCACCAGUGUACUGCAUCAUCAUGGAGUACAUGUCACAGGGGACCCUGAGAAUGUACCUCAACAAGAAAGAACCAUAUUCCCUCUCAAUCGAAACCAUACUCAGAUUAGCCCUCGACAUCUCCCGAGGAAUGGAGUAUCUUCAUUCCCAAGGGGUGAUACAUAGAGACCUGAAAUCAAGCAACUUGUUACUCAACGAUGAAAUGCGGGUUAAGGUUGCGGAUUUCGGGACAUCUUGCCUGGAAACCCAGAGCCGGGAAACCAAAGGAAACAUGGGGACGUAUCGAUGGAUGGCACCCGAGAUGAUCAAGGAGAAAGCUUAUAGCAGAAAAGUUGAUGUUUAUAGUUUUGGGAUUGUUCUUUGGGAACUCACCACAGCUUUGUUGCCUUUCCAGGGUAUGACUCCUGUCCAAGCUGCAUUUGCUGUGGCUGAAAAGGUUAGUCCUUUUUGCCUUUGUGCAUCCCUCCUCAUUUCUUCUAUUGUAGGUACAUUAUCAUUUUACAUUCUCAAUUAUUCCCACAAAAAUUGUGUCAGAAAAUACUAGUUGAUGCAUUUUACUGUCUCCAUCCUAAUCUUAAAGCAUAAAUAAGAUUGGGUGGGAGGAUUAGGAGAUUACAUAGAAAUGGUUAUUAUUAUGAGGUCCACAGUUCAAUUCUCACUAAGAUUAUCUAAUUAGUAUAUUUUUUAAAAAUAAUAAAUAAGAUUAUAUGGGAAUAGUAUGAGACAAAUCUCUACUCGUGUAAUCGAUUCUUUUCUUUUCUUUACUUUACUUAAGGGUAAAGAUUCAUAUUUUCUUAAAUGAUUUAUUUGUUUUGAUCCAUCAUACUACAACUACUCAGAUAAUAAGAUGAAAAGAGUAAUAAGGAGAAGAAAUGUAGCGCUUAGGACAAGAAAUUGUACUGGUGAAACAGAACAAGAAUACCCAAAUUGUGCCUAAUAAUUAAUACUCCCUCCGUCCCAUAAUAAUUAUGCAGUUUUACCAAAAUGAAAGAUUUUAUUUUUGUUCAAAAUUAACUAUAUUUUACCUUAAACAACUGGAUAUACCCCUACAUAAGUAAUUGUUUAACCAUUAAGAUUUUAUGGAUAAUGUUUUUUACUAAGGACAAAUGU